AUGCUAACAUAUACAGAUUUUUGUCUUAAACUUGCAAAAAUAAUUAAAGAUGAAAAAAUUGAAUCACAAACUUUGACAACUUUAGUUGAAGAAACAAUUGAUCAAUUAGAAAAAUCUUAAGCUCCUAUUGAAACUUAUGUAUUUUGUUAAUUAUAACAAGAGGAAGAAAUAAUUGCAAAAGAAUUAUAAUUUUACAGAAACGAAUGCUUAUAUCUCAAUAAACUAAGACUUACAUUAUAAUUUUAAGUGAAGGUAAUUAGAUUAUAUAAGUAGUAAUUGCAAAGAUAAUUAUUAGAAGAAAAAGAAGCUAAUAUUGAAUUAACAAAUGUUCUCAAAACAUAGAAACAAGAAUAGUUAUUGAAUUAAACUAAAACUGAAGGGUUGAAUAAUAUCACCCAAAGAAAUGAAUCUUAUAAAUUAAGUACAAGAUAACAUAAAGAAUGUAAUUAAAUUUUUAAUUGUUUUUUUAUAAAGAAUUUAGUGUUACUUAGAGAUAACCAUUAGUUCCUUAAACAACUAAAUUGAUGUAAGUAGCCCCUCAUCUAACAAUAGAGAUUAAAAAUAUAAAAACUCCACUAAUUGAACAAUAAGACCCAAAAAAUCUAAAGGAAUUGUUUGAUUAAUGUGUUUAAUAGCUUUAUAGAGACAAUUAAAUGAGAGGAAAUCACAUUAAGAAAAAUAAAUAAAUAUGUAGCAGAGAUCAUUCAGGAUAAUUUUAAUUAUGUGAAGAUGACAAAGAUAUUACUUUUUCGAAACUUGAUAUAAAAACUCUUACAGAAAAGUAUUAAAAUACAAACACAAUGAUUAUAGAUUUUUCUUAAAUCCCCAUUUCUUAAAAAUGAUUGAAGCAUAAAUUUUUGAUAUAAAAUGUUGUAAUAAUAAGGCCUGUCUUUACAAUUAUAAGCAAUCCUAAAUAUCGUCUGAACCUUAACAUAAUUAAAAUGAAAGUAAAUUACUUGAAAUACCUAAAAAAAUACCAUAAUUUCGAAAAGAUCAUAGAAGUAAAAGCGUUGGUAGAAAAGAUGGUAUUAUAUGAUUGAAUAAUUUAAUUAGAUUUAAAACUUUAAUACUAAUAUUUAUUUGCAGAUGUUUUACGAUUAGAAAGAGAAUUAUGUGCAACUCCAAAAUAAAAUAAAAAUAGAUAGAUUGAAUUAAAGAGUUAAUUAAAAGAUGUACGUGAAAAACUAUAUUAACUAUAAUGCAAGAUUUUAAAUUGA